GAACUUUUAAUCAGUUGUACUUCAGCGACCACCGCGUUCGUAACCGGGAUCUCCGCUAAAAAUCCGAUCGAGUGCCACAGUGAAAACUAUCUAAUAACUACAUAUACCCAACAUGAAGUACUACCUGUUAGUCAUUGCUGCCGUGUCAUUUCUGACCUACAUCAGUUGUGGCUACGCCGUGACUCAAUCGAAACGCUCCGUUCCCCUCGCUCAAUUCGCAGAUGGAUGCAUCCAGUGCCACUCGAAGACCAAUGUACGCUGUGCCACCGAUCCCCUCUCGAUCCUGAACAGGAACUGCUCCGACGGAACCUCCAACUGCUUCUCCCGUGUCGUUGAUGGUUACACGAUUCGUGGUUGUGCCGCCGACCUGAACAACGCCACACGCGCCUCGUGCAACAACGAACUGGAGUGCGUGCUCUGCACCUACUCCGAGGGCUGCAACCGCAACGUGUUCCCCCAGAGCCGGACGCAGUGCCUGCAGUGCUCCGGCAACAACACCUCCUCGUCCUGCGCCGUCGAGACGUACAGCGUGCCCACCAUCUGCCCCAUCUACAAGUUCGGUGACCGGUGCUACAUCCGCAACAGCAACCGCACCGUCGACGGAUCCUUCCAGCGCGGCUGCCUCACCACCGCCCAGAGCAACAAGCAGUGCGUUAAGGACGGCAACUGCUUCCUCUGCGACGGCCGUGGCUGCAACUUCCUGAGCGCCAACGACACCCAGAUCCCCCUUGCCCGCGACUCUGGCGUCCAGAUAGCUCUCUCUAUGUCCGUCCUCGUCGGAGCUAUGCUCGCCGCCUGGCAAUUCUAGGGAUCUCUCCGGGAU